UGUGUUAGCUUAACAAAUAUUUAAAAAACAAAGAAAUCCUAGCAACGUUAGUAACUCGUCAGUGACCAGUUCACCUGACAACCCGAGUGAAUUAACUGGAACAUUAGCUAGAGAGAGACGACCAUUAAACUGGAUACCGUCAGUGGAGCUUUUAGACUGGGUCGUCGCACAUUUUGGAGUCUGGUGUUUGGGGAGGCCACGUGUACAGGAACUGGAGUCUGACAGCCUGACUGGAAACCACUGCGGCUCUGUUUGACUCGGAAGUCAAGCUAACGCUAGCCAGCUGGUAAGGUCGCCUCCUUACGCUGCCUGCUAGCCGUCUCUCAGAAUCCGAAGUCUGUUGAACAGUAUUACAAAACAGUGUCGUUUUUAGUCCUCGUGCUCGACAGGCAAUCAUGACUGUUUGGAGGAAACUGUGGUGCAGAAACCUCCUGGCGGUGUCUCUGCUUUUCUAUUUCCUGCUCCACACCAUGGAUGUGCAUGCACGGCCAGCCAACAUGUCAAAGUCUCCAGCCAGCAAGGACGACAACGAGAUUCUCCCUGCAGACCAUCUGAAUGGAAUGAAGAUGGAGAUGGACGGCCACCUCAAUAAGGAUUUCCACCAGGAGGUUUUCCUGGGUAAAGAGAUAGAGGAGUUUGAGGAGGACUCUGAGCCAAGGAGGAACAGGAAGAAGCUGAUUGACAUUUUCACUAAAGUUGAUUUCAACAAGGACAAGAGUGUUAGCGCCAAGGAGAUGCAGCGCUGGAUUAUGGAGAAGACCGAGGAGCACUUUCAGGAGGCCAUGGUCGAGAACAAAAACAGUUUCCAUGCCGUUGACCCAGACCGUGACGGUCAUGUGACAUGGGAUGAAUACAGAGUUAAAUUUCUGGCCAGCAAAGGUUUCAAUGAAAAGGAAAUGGCUGAGAAAAUAAAGAAUAAUGAAGAUCUGAAACUGGAUGAGGAAACUCAGGAGGUUCUGGAAAGCCUGAAGGACCGCUGGUUUCAGGCCGACAACCCUCCAGCUGACCAGCUGCUGAAUGAGCAGGAGUUCCUGUCUUUCCUUCAUCCUGAGCACAGCAGAGGCAUGCUCAAAUACAUGGUCAAGGAGAUUGUGCGCGACUUAGACCAGGAUGGUGAUAAGAGAUUGACUCUGUCGGAGUUCAUCUCUCUACCUGUGGGCACCGUGGAGAACCAGCAGGCUCAGGACAUCGAUGACGACUGGGUUCGAGAGAGGAAGACGGAGUUUGAAGACGUCAUUGAUUUAGAUCAUGAUGGCAUUGUAACCAUGGAUGAAUUAGAGGAGUACAUGGAUCCAAUGAACGAGCACAACGCUUUGAACGAGGCCAAGCAGAUGAUUGCCGUCGCCGAUGAAAACCAGAAUCAUAAUUUGGAGCUGGACGAGAUUCUCAAGUACAGCGAAUACUUCACGGGCAGCAAGCUCAUGGAUUAUGCCAGAAAUGUUCACGAGGAGUUCUGAGGACAUACUUUCCCUCUCAGUCCUCUCGGGAAAGCAGGGCGACAUCCUACAUCUGCUUCAGGGAGAAGCUAGAUGGAGGGGUGGGGGGGGGACAACUAAUGAUGGGAUGUUCUAGUGUGCAAUUCUGUGUUUAAAAGCCUCAACGGCCUCUUUCACUGCUGACUCCGAUUUAAUACAUCCUUCCUUCAGCCCUGGAAUGAUGGCCAGCCAUCAAAGUUAACAUGGUCUGCCUUCUGUGUGCCAUUGGACUUUUUAAAUGUUGGGCUGUUACUCCAAAUGUAUUUGUGUGAUAUUGUGAAAUGUGUGUGUGUAUAUGAGGAAUUUCAACCCCGACUAGAUAUUGUCGUUCCUGGUGCAGUGGUGACGGAGACUGUGCAGCUGAUCGACGUCACCAUUUGUUCUGCAGGAUGGUCUUUUUAGCUGGCGUUUAUGUAUACAGUGUAAAUAUAUAUUGUCCCAUAAUAAUGAGCAAGAGAUACAACCUGAUAAAUUAUAUUUAAUGCUGCUACAAGAAGAAGAAGAAAUCCUUUUAUAGAGAGAUAAUUAUAUGGUGACACACACCUGAUUUUGUCCAAAUUCAAAGGUGAUUUUGUCUUUUAGUGGUGUACAAUCCCACUUGUUUCUGUUUAUAGUUACUAUCCAUCCUACCUACAACUGGGUAACCAACAGUAGAAGCAUAACUUUUAAAAACUGCCUCUAAAAUGGCGCAAACUUUCAUUAACAUGUAAUAUAUGAGAACAAUGCGCCUUUUUCCCCUGCAGACAUUUUGACUUAUUGAAGGAAAAGCACAGGUGUGAACAUACUUCACCUGUCAAGUCAAAAUGUCUCGUAUGCGAAGGCCUAUUGUUUUGAUCUCUUAUUUAUUUGACCAGUAUCAUUUGGAUCGGCUGCAUCUUUGAACAUCGUGUUUUUGCUUAAUUGCUGUAAGAGGGUGGUCUUUAUGUGGCAGCUCAUUCUUCAUCAUAUUUACCUGUAAGAUGAAUUUGGAACACUUUGGGUUCAUCCUUACAUUUUCACUUGUUUGCAAAUGCAUGGACAAACAAUGGCAUAACAUUCCCUAAAUCUGUGGACUGUUUGAAUCCUGCUCCAGACUUGGAUUGUAAAAUAAGAUUCAAGAUAACAAUGUGACACAGCUUUAUAAAAUGUAUUGCAAAUGUACUGGGAAUAAAUAUUUCUUAUCAAUUAA